UUUAUAUGUACUAAAUGUGUCACAUAACAUGUCUGUCUGACAAAUCUAGUCUCAAUAAUAUAAGACCUCUUUACUUUCUAAUUUAAUUAACCCAAUAUCUCUCUUAGAUGAAGUUACACGGGUAUAGAUUUGCAUGCAAGUCUACAUUUGGUUCUCUUUGUCGUUAGUUAUUUUUUGUUUCAAUAAUGUACUUGAAUACACACUAGUGCUGUCAAGUUUAAACAGUACAAUAUGGUAUUUGGAAGAGAGAUUCUAGAUUUAUUUUGAAUCUGUUAUUCAGUUAGGGAAGAGGUGUGUAUCUUGCUAUAGAAGAGCUAGUGGUACUUCUUGGGUACCUUUGACCUUCUCAUGUCUUACUCUGAACGCCCAUCAUCCUAUUCUCUUUUUCUAGGCUCUUCAAAUCAAAGGUAGUCGUUUGCUGGGUUGCUGAGCAUAUUUUUUGUUCAUUCAAGAGAAUUUGAGUAAAUGUCUUGUUUGUUUUCAUGCUUCUAUUGAACUCCACGAGUACUACCCGCUUGUUGUCGUCUUUAAUGCACCAAGCUGACCAAAUUUGUGGAAGUGAAAGAAGAUACUCUUAGCUAUUGUUGAAAUUUUUUUUUCUGAUUCUGCCUGAUAAGAUACUGAUAUAGUUUUCUUGUGGCAGUAAACCUUAAGAUAUUUAUUCUACUUUAUAGUGUAAGCAUUUCAAAUGUUAGUUUUUUGAAUGAGGGCCUGAGUUAAGCGCUAGUUUUACUCUUGAUGACCUUAGCAUCAACUAGAUUUAGAUUGUUUUUCUUAUUGUGCAGGUUCAGUUCUCACUUCUGAUCUGAUGGUGUUUACUGUUGGUCACAUUGUUGAUUUUGAACUGAAGGAUGAAUAGAUGUCAAGUCCAUGUUUGUAGGCGCAUUGUGGUUAUUGGUUAAACCCUGUGUUCUCUUCAAAAUAGAGUAGCUCAGUCUGCUGUUUUGCAGUUAUAUAAGUUGUCUCUUUCGGGGAGAGCAAAGUAUAUGAUGUCUCUAUCUACUCACGGUCAAUUAUCCUCAGUUUGGGGAGCCGCCUUUAUUGUUUUCCACUGCAUCAUGUCCUAGCAUUCUAAUAGGAUGUUGCCGUUGAUAGCCUUGUUUCAUUUGUGAAACCAGGGUAGGUCCUGCAGAGAAUGGUGCUUUCUUUUAGCAUGCUGAAAGUAUGCCUCUUGAUGGAGUGCAUUUUGCGUCUCAACGGAACCCUGCACCAAUGUCAAAUGCAUUUAUUUCCUCAAGCCACAGUGUUGAAGUGUCAUAUUAUCAGCCAGAUGCUGCAGGCCCAUCUCAUGAUCCUUUUCUGCAUUCAUCAACAGUGGGAACCUUUUGUGCAGUUCCAGAAAAUCAUGCACAUGCUUCGUCUUCCAAUUAUGACAGACAGACGAUUAAUGGCGUUGAGGGUGACCUUUUUUAUCUUACAAUGGGCAAUGGAAGGGGGCCCCACAAGCGAAAAAGCCCUGGAGUCCCCUCUUCAUGUGAAGGGGGCAGUACAAGCAGGUAUUAUGGUGCUGGAAGUUCAUCGGAUCCCUCUGUGCCUUCCGAGUUGCGGCUGGAGAAACCAAAUUUAGAUCCUCAAUAUAUGGUCUGGGAAUGCAUUACUAUGACCCCUGGCCAUCGAGGCAAUCUCUCAAUUGGGCCUGAGAGUUCUAUCAGGAAUGUUAGAAGCAGGCCUGCACUUGAUCUAGAAAUCAACCUGUCUAGGACCCAUUUAUCUAACAAUUCUUCCCAUAAUUCCUAUCAUGCAGGUCACCCUUUUGACCAUUCCAGCUCAGUGGAUUUCUCAAGUCAAAGUUCUAGCGCUAUGACACAUAACUGGAGCCAUACCAGAACAUCUACUGCUUCUGGAAGGAUGCUAGUUUCGGAUGCUAAUGGUUAUACUCAUGAGACAAACCACUUCCUUGUUGGAAGCAGCAUACCUAAUGCUUCUGCAGAUGUUAGGGGAUAUCACCAUGAUUUCAUUUCAAGUAGAAACCCUGUUGUUCCUCAAAGUUUCCAUAGUGCCUCAGCACAUUCUGCCAGAGGCAUUCGCAGUAGCUAUUCUCAGAGACCUAGCCCAACUUUCAGGGCUUCCUCCAGUAGUUUGCGGUUGGGGCAUAUGGCACCUUCUGAUGAUGGGAUGCCAUUGGUUGCCGAAAAUUUCUCAUCCAGACAACCAAGGCUAUUAUCAACUGCAGCUUGGCCUAAUAGUGAUAGGAAUGGGAGAUCAAGGAAUUCUUAUGAGAGAUACAGAUCGCUGCCCAAUGAGCCAAGUCUUCAUGAUCGAUUUUCAUCUGAGGGUUUUAUGGUUGUGGAUCGCUCAGCCUUUUAUGGAUCCAGAAAUUUGUUUGAUCAGCAUAGGGAUAUGAGGCUAGAUAUAGACAACAAGAGCUAUGAGGAACUACUUGCACUGGGUGAAAGGAUUGGGAGUGUCAGCACAGGUUUUGAUGAAGAUCUGAUAUCCAAGUGUUUGACAGAAACAGUAUAUCGUUCUUCAGGCCAAAGCGAGGAUGAAGGAACUUGUGCGAUUUGCCUGGUAAGAAUCUUCUCCAAGUAUAUACUGUCGGUUGGAUUCUAAUCAUAGUUUUAAAUC